AUGCGCCUGCUACCAAGUGCUGACGCUACAGGUUUGCCAGUCCUAAUCUGUCCGUGUCUCCUGUCUGUUCUUCAAGCGGAAGAAGAGAAGCCGGCAUUCUGGAACCAACAGGCCUCCAAAGCCAUCCAGGAAGCCCUGAGACUCUCUCAGCUGCACCACCGAGCCAAGAACCUCAUCCUUUUUCUGGGAGAUGGCAUGGGCAUUCCCACCGUCACGGCUACGCGCAUCCUCAAGGGACAAUUGCAGGGCCAUCUGGGCCCCGAAACACCUCUGGCUAUGGACGCUUUCCCCUACGUGGCGCUUUCAAAGACGUACAACGUGGACCGGCAAGUGCCGGACAGUGCUGGCACCGCCACCGCCUACCUCUGCGGGGUGAAGGGCAACUAUGAGACCAUUGGGGUCAGUGCAGCUGCGCGGCUCGACCAAUGCAACACCACAGCGGGCAAUGAGGUCGUGUCGGUACUGCAGAGAGCCAGAGAGGCGGGCUGGUCUGUAGGGAUCGUGACCACCACGCGAGUCCAGCAUGCAUCAUCGGCUGGGAACUACGCCCACGUGGUCAACCGGGACUGGUACUCUGACGCCAACAUGCCUGAGACGGCGAUUUCAGGGGGCUGCAAGGAUAUCUCUCAACAGCUCCUUGAGAAUGUCAACCUCACGGUGAUCCUGGGUGGUGGCAGGAAGUACAUGACCCCAGCAGGUACGCCGGACCCCGAAUAUCCCACCGCAUUCAACAAGAGCGGCAUCCGGAAAGACAGCCAGGACCUUAUCGCCAAGUGGCUUAAUUCCUCUUCGGGCACCAAGUAUGUCUGGAACCGAACAGCACUGUUGGAGGCUGCGGAUGACCCGAAAGUGAGCCGCCUCAUGGGUCUCUUUGAACCUGGUGACAUGAAAUAUGAGCUGAAUCGUAAUAACCUCACUGACCCAUCCCUGGCGGAGAUGAUGGAGGCGGCGAUCAAAAUCCUGAGCCGAAACCCCAAGGGCUUCUACCUCUUUGUGGAAGGAGGUAAGAUCGACUUUGGACACCAUGACGGCAUCGCCAAACGGGCCCUAACCGAAGCCGUGGAGUUCGACAAAGCCAUCCAACGGGCCGGGGAGCUGACCCAGGAACACGAUACGCUGAGCGUGGUGACCGCCGACCACUCCCAUGUCUUCACCUUCGGCGGCUACACGUUGAGGGGCACCUCCAUCUUUGGUUUGGCCCCCAAACGAGCAGGAGACAACAAGACCUACACGUCCAUCAUGUACGGGAACGGGCCGGGCUACCAGAUCACCAACCAGGGCCGCCCCAGUGUGGACGCAGCAGAGAGUGAGGAUGACACCUACCACCAGCAAGCUGCCGUGCCCCUCAGCUCGGAAACCCACGGUGGCGAGGACGUGGCCAUCAUGGCCAAGGGCCCCAUGGCUCACCUCUUCCACGGAGUGCAAGAGCAAACGUACAUCGCACACGUCAUGGCGUACGCCGCCUGUUUGGAUCCGUACCAGAACUGUGGCCUCCCGGACGAUUCUAACUCCGCCAGCUUUGCCACUCCUUCCUUCGCUGCCCUUCUCCUGGUCUCCUUGCUUCUUUUGGGCUGUUAA